UCCUCAAUACAUUUGCCUUCGUUGUUUCCUAAACCCUAGAGCUUUCUUUUUGCGAAGCCGCUUGCAUCGUGAGCCUUCUCGCCGUCUGCUAGGGUUUACGCUCAGACCUCAUCUUCUUCUUCUUCUCCGAGAUUUUCUGCAAAUAAUCAUGGUUCUGCAAAACGAUAUCGAUCUGCUCAACCCUCCGGCUGAGCUUGAGAAGAGAAAGCACAAGCUCAAGCGUCUCGUCCAGUCCCCUAACUCCUUCUUCAUGGACGUGAAGUGCCAGGGAUGCUUCAACAUAACCACUGUGUUUAGCCACUCUCAGACAGUUGUGGUGUGCGGAAACUGCCAGACAGUGUUGUGCCAACCCACCGGCGGUAAAGCUAGGCUCACUGAGGGCUGUUCUUUCAGGAGAAAGGGAGAUUGAGGUUACAGCCCCAUGAAAAGGUGCUCAAUGUGGGUUUUGUCUUAGAUUAUGGAAGGAAGCAUAUGUUUUUUAGUUUAUAUUUUCUUGCUCGGUAGUUGUAAUGUCUAUGGUGUUUGAACCAUAAAUUUCCAUGAAUCUUAUUUCUCGUCCUCUUCAACAUUGUUUGCCUGCCCUAUUUUGAUGAAUUGGUUUGUGGCAUGUUUCAUAUUAUGACAACUUGGUGUCCAAUUUCAUUA